CUACUUCCGCACUGAAGAGGAACUCCCACAUGCUUCUGUCAGCGUGCUGUUUGUUGCUGUUUAACGGCGAACUAAAAGUGGACUUAUUGAGAACAGCCUGUCCUUUCUUGUCUUCCUUUAGAUCAGUGAGAUGAGUCCUCUGUGUGACAGCUGCGGUGAGCACAUUCACAAGCUUAAUCAGCAGGUUUCUGUGAUGAGAAAAGAAAUCAAGAACCUGAGGCAGAUGUUGGACAGUGCGGUCAGAGCUCAUCGCAAACAUAUGGUCUCCAUUCAGUCGGCCGUGUCAAACAUUGGACUCAGUGAACCUGAUAUAGACCAGACACCACCACCACCACCUUCACCAGCAUCAGCACAGGCUGCAUUAGAGCAAGGAAACAUCCAGACUGUCCCGAUUGGUUACAUUAGUUCCUGUUUCUCUGUGAAGAAUGGGACCCCCAGACAGCCCACCAUUUGUGGGCCCUCAAGGGCAGAACUGCGCAUCCGGCAGAGUGUCUUCAAUAACCCUGAGCACGCUCUGGUGGGCCUGGAGCAAUACUCACAUGUGUGGAUCAUCUUUCUCUUUCACAAAAACGGGCACAUGAGUUAUAAAGCCAAAGUGAAGCCUCCCAGACUUAAUGGUCAGAGAGUUGGUGUGUACUCGACACGCAGUCCGCACCGCCCAAAUGCCUUGGGCUUAACUCUAGCUAAACUCGAUAAGAUUGCAGGUGAUACAGUACAUCUGUCCGACAUUGACAUGAUUGCUGGCACCCCAGUCCUAGACAUCAAACCCUACAUCCCGGAGUACGACUCCCCCCACACCAGGAUGGGCACGGACUCGGAGCCUUAUGAUUCAAACACAGACCAACCACAGGCAACCACAGAAGCAGGUGCUCAGUCUGACCUAAAAAGCGAAACAACUGAUGUUGAUGACUCGGGGAGUCUCCUCUCUGAUAUUCCAGCCACUGAUUCAUCUAGAGGCAGUGCUCAGUUUUCCCUCCCCAGAGACCUCCACAAUGUGCUGGAGGACGUCAGGGCAUAUGUGACUCAAGGUGAUGUUCGCCAGGUGAGCUGCAAGAGCGAGGACCAAGUUUCAGACUCACCCAAAACCAAACCACAGGAGUCUAUGGUGGACCACCCUUGCUAUGGAGAGGAGGCCUACAGCACUAUUGCUGGCUGGAUCAGAGAACCUCCUGUUGGCAGUCUGGAGGUGCGCUUCACACCACAUGCUCAGAGGCAGUUGGGAGAAUUCCUUCCCACACACCUGUCAGGAGCCUCUGAGAGUGACAGACGCACGUUCAAGUUUCUGCGCAGUCCAGAGGAGGCUGCUGCCGCCAUCAGAGGAGUGCUGUCAGCAGACCCACGGUCAGUCUACAGGAGGACACGCUGCAGAGACAGACUCUUCUUCUUUACCCUGGACACGGCUGACAUCACCUGCUGGUUUGGACGAGGCUUUGCUGAAGUACUGCAGGUCCGACCUGUUGAGCAACAUCUUCCCUCAGUAUGAGAAACGCUCUCGGUGAAAGCUUCAGCUGGAAAGACUCUGGAUUUUCUAGAUUUUCAUGUGUGCAGGGAAACAAAACCAGAGUAUCAAAUGUUUCUCAUACCUACAUUGCCAGAUUCUCUACUGGCAAACUUUAUUAAAAUCAGUUUUAUAUGAAAGACAAGCAAUUAUUAAUUAUGUAUAAGAAGCUUAAAUAGAUUAAAAGAUUUUUUGAAACAUGAAAGUUGUUUAUGUGCUCUGUUAUUGACAGGGAACUAUAAUGGCGCAGAAAUGGUAAAUAAUAAAUACAUCAAAAUAUU